AUGUCGACGGAUGAAGGCACUUCCCAGGAGGGAGGGGGCAGCCCUCCUCCUCCAGGAGGGGGCCCGCAGGAUGAGACCAAUCCCCAGGAGGGAGAAGCCCCAUCUCCUGCAGGAGGAGGGCCGCCGGAUGAAGCCACUCCCCAGGAGGGAGAAACCCCUCCUCCAGUAUUAGGAGGGCCACCCCCUGGCUCGGAUCCUGACACCUUGCGGGCGGCCUAUGAAAUGUCACAGAAGGGCGCCGAGAUGGAGUCCAGGGGCCAGUACAAGGCUGCGGAGGAGCUGUACAAGAGUGUGCUGGGCCUGCUGAAGGGCCAGGUCUCCAACAACCACCCUGUGGUGAUGGGCACAUACAACAACCUGGGCAUCGUCCUGCAGCACCAGGAGAAGUACGUGGAGGCGGAGCCAUACAUGCGCAAGGUGCUGAACAUGGCGGAGACCGCGCUUGGCAGCGAGCACCCGGCAGUGGCAAUCGCACUGGUCAGCGUGGCCAACAUACUGCGGGCCAGGUCCAAAUACGAGGAGGCCCUUGACGUGUAUGAGAGGGCUCUGACCAUCCAGCUGAGGGCGUUUGGGGGGGACCACUUGGUUGUGGCCACCACGCUGAUGAACCUUGGCAGGCUGAUGGAGGCCCAGGGCAAGUACCCCGAGGCCGAGGAGCUGCACAAGAAGGCCCUGGCGAUUCGGAUAAAUUCCCAGGAGGAGGAUGAGCAGGGCAUGGCGAGCAGCAUCAUGGGUCUGGCGUCGGUUGCAGAGGAGCAGGGGAAGAUGGACGAGGCGGGGCGGCUGUAUCGGGAAGCCCUGGACCUCGAGAAGAAGGCACUGGGCGCGGGCCACCAAAAGGUGGGAUACGCCAUGGGCAAGCUGGGGGAUGUCUUGGUGAGGCAGGGGAGGUUGGGUGAGGCGGAGGACCUGUUCACGGAGGCGCUGGCCAUUCAGAGGGAGACGCUUGGGGAGGGGCACCCGGGCAUGGCCCUGUGCAUGAAGCGACUGGGCAAGGUGUUAGUGCAGCAGGGGAGGACCCAGGAGGGGGAGGAGUUCUGCCGCAAGGCGUUGACGAUGCAGAAGGAAUCGCUGGGGGAGGAGCAUGAGGCGGUGGCGGUGAGCCUGCAGAACAUGGCGGUGAAUGCGCACUCCCAGGGCAAGCUGAGGGAGGCCAGGCGGCUGUACAAGAGGGCGCUGAAGAUUCAUGAGAAAGCAUCAGGCAAGGACGACUUGGGGGUGGCGCAGAUAUUGAAUGGGUUGGGAGCGGUGAUGACAGAGCGGGAAGAGCCGGAGGAGGCAGAGGGCGUGCUGCGGAGGGCGCUGGAGAUUCAGGAGAGGGUGCUGGGCAAGAAGCACACGGAGGUGGCGGUGACCCUGAACAACCUGGCUGCCACCUUGUAUGGGCAGAGGAAGUACAAGGAGGCCGAGGCGGUGUACAGGAGGGCGGUGCAGAUCAUGCGGGAGGCCGUGGGGCAAGACCACCUGGAUUUGGUGCCUUACGUCAACAACCUCGCGGGCGCCCUGGUGCACCAGGACAAAUUCGGGCUGGCCCAGAACGCAUACGAGGAGACGUUGAAAAUCAGGAGGCGGGAGCUUGGCGAGGAUCACCCUGACGUGGCGAGGAGUCUCUGUGACGUGGCUGCCUCGCUGCGGGCCCAGAAGAAGUAUGCAAAGGCGGAGAAGCUGUACACGAAGGCGCUGAACAUAUGCAAGGCGGUGCUGCCGGUGGAUGACCCGCUCGUGGAGCGCGCCGUGACGAGCGCGAUAGGCGUUCGGAGACUGAUGGGCCGCUGA